AUGGCUGAAAGAGACAUACAGUCACCAACAUCCGGGCAAACCAGCAACGAUUCUGAUGCCAACCCUGCGAGACGGCACAGUCUCAGAGGGUUUAGGCAUGGAAACAGACACCACCAAAAGGUCAAAUUCUCCGACGUUGCUGAUGAUGCGGGAGAGCCUCUGGUCGAGACUGGCACGCACGGAUCUGUCCCAAUAAUCCGCUUACCCGAUUCUGAAGAUGUCACGGACCACGGUCUUCCAGCUACGAACUGGGCGGGAAUCACGAAUGCUGCUGCGGCUCAAGCCCAGGACCGGGCGAGUCGCCUCGCCAAUAGAUUAAGCCAUUCUCACACACAACCGAGACCACCCUCAGGAAUUCUUAUUUCUCAAAGCACCACUCCCCAAACGUUGGCUUCUCCGAAUUCAUCUCCUCCUUCAAAGCCACUGAGUGACUGGCUAGUCAAUGACGAUGAUAUCCCUUUAGAACCACUCGAGAAAGACAAACGUCCCUACACGCUACAUGACGAAACUAGUGACGACGACACAGAGAACGAAGACCCCAAAGCUCUGCACCGAGAUAAUGAGAAUAUUCAGGAGGCGAGACGGCUCAUCAGAACGCUGACUAGCGGACCACAUGCGACGGCAUGGCAAGAGGAGUCCCGUUCUGGAGCAGAGACACCUGCAGUCGACAAGCACCUUCAUGAUUUGGAUUAUGUUCCUCCACCUGAUCAAUAUCGUCCCAGUGUCUUUGGCGCUCUUCUUGCUUCGAAAUUGGCACAUUUGCAACGGAAUGGAGUUACACAUCCUACAUACCACGAAGACCCCGUCUCACAGCCACCCAACCGAUACUCUCCAAGAGGGUUCUAUUCCAGAAGCCAUUCUCGCGCGGACUCUGAGAGUCAUGAUCAUUCCACACCAUCAUCCGGAAGAGCCACGCCUUCUAAAAGACCGAAGUGGUAUGAUAGAGAUGAUCGUGACCGCCACUCAACUGGAUCUCUGGCAACCUUAUUGGCUCAAGCAUCCAUGACUUCAACAGCAGCGGCUGUGCCUCAAAGCAGCAACUAUGUGCCUCGUCCGCCCUCUCAACAUUCAAAGUCCUCGAAUGGCAUGAUUGCAACAGCGGUGGAUAUGAUCAAACACCCCGCAAACUACUUCCAUCACAAGUCCACACCGUCCCUUCUGAUAGAUGAGGAGCGAGUCGUCCUAGAUGUUGCUGAGAUUAUUGCCUGCCGAAAGUACUUGAAGAAGCUCGCUCGGUGUCUGAUGGCUGUUGGAGCACCGACUCACCGUCUCGAAGAAUACAUGAAGACCUCAGCUCGAGCACUCAACAUUGAUGGUGAUUUUCUCUAUAUGCCAGGCUCGAUGCUUGUUUCCAUCAACGAUAGAGUUACUAUGAGCACAGAAGUCACUUUGGUAAAGGAGUCACAGAGCGUCGAUCUCGGAAGGUUCAGAGACGUCUUUGACGUAUACAAGUUGGUCAUCCACGGCAAAUACACCGCUCAACAGGGGACUGCUGAUCUAGACGACAUCAUGAAGAAGCGCGGCCGACAUCCUCUUCCUCUCCGGAUUUUUGCGUACGGCAUAGCAGCCAUCGCCGUGGGCCCAUUUGCUUUCUCCGCUCGGCCGGUUGACUUUGGUCCAAGUUUCAUCCUGGGAUGCAUCCUGGGCUGGUUACAGCUUGUGGUGGUAACCCGGUCGGAACAAUUCUCGCACGUAUUCGAAAUACUUGCUUCCGUUCUCAUCUCGUUCACUUCACGGGGCCUAGGUUCCAUCUACCACAAAGGUACUGCCGUGUUUUGUUUCUCGGCUAUUGCGCAAAGUAGUAUAGCCCUGAUCCUGCCGGGGUACAUGGUGCUGUGCUCUGCUUUGGAAUUGCAAAGUAAAAGCAUUGUGUCAGGGUCGGUCAGGAUGGUCUACGCCAUUAUAUAUUCACUGUUUCUUGGGUUUGGAAUCCUGGUCGGCACAGUCAUUAUGGGCCUCAUCUAUCCUCAAGCACAGAGUGACGUGACCUGUAAUAUUCCGGUUUGGUGGAACGAUUCCAACCACGGGCCCAAACUCCUGUAUGCGAGAUUUAUCUGGGUUCCGAUAUUUGCAAUAUGCCUGGCUAUCAUCAAUCAGGCGAAGUGGAAACAAAUGCCGGUCAUGACUCUGAUCGCUUUUGUCGGCUAUCAAUCAAACUUCUGGAUCUCUACCAAGCUCUCGAACAAUAUCCAGGUGGCCAACGCAAUCGGUGCCUUUGCGAUCGGAACAAUGGCCAAUCUCUAUUCUCGCUUCUUCCACGGUCUUGCGGCAGCCGCCAUGUUGCCGGCGAUAUUCGUUCAGGUCCCCAGCGGACUAGCUGCGAGUGGGAGCCUGGUGGCAGGCAUCACGAGUGCCGAUCAAAUUACUGGGAACGUGACAGGAGUAAGUAUCAUCAACAACGGCACUGCGGGCUUCUUGGACGCGCAGAACAGUACAACCAGUGCGGACGUUUACGGCGGCACGAUUUUCAAUGUUGGGUAUGGGAUGGUUCAAGUGGCAAUUGGUAUUAGCUUCCACGGACGAUUUCCUGCUGCGUACCUUCUGACAUAUUAUCCACCCAAUAUGACGACAGCACACCGACCGACGUUUGACCCUGCACGAGGCAAAGAAGCGCAACGAGGACCAGCUUAUCAUCAACGGCUAUUACCUGCGCACACUCUUCUCAAAGUCCGACAGCCCGGUCAAGGCGGCGCCGCAGAAGCUGAGCAGAGAGAUCUCCGUGCAGAAUUACUUGCGGCAGAAGCGGCUCAUUUUGCAAAGACGAAGGGGACAAUCGCAGAACCCACGAGCAGCCCCUCGAAACCUAUAAAGCGAGAACUCGAAGACGAUCCUGAUCGUGAUAAGGACGAUGAUGAAGACAUGGAGACAAAACGAAGAAGGAUACUCGAAGAAACUAGAGACAUCGAUGCGGACUCAGAUGGAGAUGAUACAGAAAGCAGCGACGAGGAAAGUGACGAAGAAGAUGAGACGGCAGAGCUGAUGCGUGAACUCGAGAAAAUCAAAAAGGAAAGAGCUGAGCAAAAAGCACGGGAAGAAGCAACACAGGCUCAAGAGGCAGAAGACCAGCGAGAACGAGAUAUUGCACUUGGUAAUCCGCUCCUCAAUCCAAAGGCAUUCAACGUGAAGCGGAGAUGGGACGACGAUGUGGUCUUCAAGAACCAAGCUCGAGGCACAGAGCAGAAAGGAAACAAGGAGUUUGUCAACGAUCUUCUGAGAUCGGAUUUUCACAAGAAAUUCAUGUCGAAAUAUGUCCGAUAA